UUUGACCAAUAUAUUACUUGCAUUUAUUUACUAAUAAUACGAUUUCAUGACGUGUGCAGGAUGUAUUCCUUAUGAUUCGAAGACAUAAAACCACAAUUUUUACCGAUGCCAAGGAGAACACAACCGUCGCAGAACUAAAGCGUAUGAUCGAAGGCAUCCUAAAAGUGCGUCCACACGAACAGAAACUGUACAAUCAAGACAACGAAGUGAUGGAAGACGACAACACUCUUCAAGAUUACGGCAUUCAGAUGUCUACAGCAAAGGCGCAAGCCCCGGCACAGUUAGGACUAGCACUAAGAGACGAACAUGGAGAUUUCGAGCCGCUCGAAAUUACGCCGUACUCAUCGCCACCAGAUCUACCUGAAGUUAUGAAAAAUCAAGAGGCAGCUAACGGGCAAGAACAAGUUGCAUAAAGAAAAUCCAAAUGCAAAUAAAUACGUAUAUAGAACUGCGGCAACAAACAACUACAGUAAUAAAACAGACCAGCCGAAAUACAUACUACAUCUAUAAAAAUGCACGCAGGAAAUGCAUAUUUUAUAUAAGAAAUUAUUAAAAUUAUGAAUAUAAUAUCGACUCAUUUUUGAGCUUCGGCGAUAAGUGAAUAAUUUAGUUAAAUGCUUUCUUUAUCACAAUAGGUACUUUUGUGAAAUGCGUAUCAUUUUAAGUAAUUUGCGCAAAUGUAAAAAUACAGCAAUUGAGCAAAAAAA